UGCAGUUGUAACUGCAAAUAGUGCACAGCAAUUAUACGCAGUCAAAACUGCGCACAGCAAUCAUCACACUAUUCGCAGUUACAACUGCAAAUAGUAAAAAUACCUUCCAACACAGUCACAACUGCGCCCAGUGCCUAAUUUACUAUUUGCAGUCAGAACCUAGAGUUUAAAGGUUUAAAGCUAUUUCUCCCCGGGGGUAUCCAGCGACCUACAACCUUGAAUUGAUGGGGGUGGGGCUAAGAUACACCCCAUCUUAAAACUAAAUGCGGUUAAAAAUUAAGUCCUAUUUUUCCUCACACACAUGCGUACAAAGUGAAAGUUUCCCCCCCCCCUUUCCCCUCCAUAUCCGGGACCCAGCCGCAAGGGCCCCUGGCCGCAAGGGCUCGACGUCCAACAGGCAGCCGCCCGGCCCCCACCCCCCACCCACUCUCUCCGCACUGCUCGUUUGGCGGGAAGACACUGUUUACUGGACGGCAACAACGGUGUCUGAGCAUACGAGACGUUUACGCCUGGAAGGAAAGCAAUUGCGAGCGGUUUUAUUUGGUUGAAUUUUGUCUCUCUCUGGUCUUGAUAUUGGUUUAUUGUGAGUAUCGUAUGGACGAAAUGGACUUGGAGGGCGAAGCGGACGAAGUGGGUGUGGACGAUGGUCCUGCUCCUCUGAAAGUAGGGGCCACAUACAAAACCUACAAAGCCUUUGAAACUGCUUUGGAAGCAUACCAGAAGAAGCAUUCUGUAGUUUUGGUAAACUACAGUUCUAAGUUGGCAGAAAAGCACAACUUAGAUCACAAAGAUAAAGUGGAUCUUUCCUUAAAGUAUCAUCACCUUGUCGUGGUAUGCAAACAUUUUGGUAAAAAGAGGAAAAAUCCAAAGGCUACAAACCAGAGGCCUAAUCAGAAAACAUUCAAGGUAGAUUGCAAAUGUAAGUUGUAUCUGAAGGCUACCGAGGAACAGGUUCUCAUUGUUGAUACGUUCAAUGAGGAACAUACAAACCACCCUGUGGAUCAGAAAUUAUUUCCCAUGUACCCUGAAAGGCGGCGGCUUGAUGAAGAUGAGCGUCACAAGGUGGAGGAAAUGCUUGGUGCUAAAGCGAAGGCAAUGUUGGUGCAAGCUACAUUAAAGAAGUUCACUACACCUCAGGACAUUGCCAAUGUCAGGACCCGUUUAAGAUUACAGACCAACAAAAAAUUUAAAUCCAAUAUGGAUCAUUUGUAUGCAGUGUUGACGGAAAUCAGUGAAUCUGGAGGCACAGUAAUUAUUGGUGAAGAAAGAGGAGAUGAUAAUGAUGAGGAGGAGGAGGAUGAGGAUGAUAGUGAUGAAACCAACAAUGACAGGCGUAACACAGACAGAAAGAAAAAAAUCCUAUUCAUUUUUUUUCAAACAGCAGAAAUGGCUAAAAACUUCCAAGAAUACCCUGAGGUGGUUGGGAUGGACACAACCUACUGUGUUAAUGCCAACAAUAUGCCUUUGGUAGUAUUCCGGGUCACUGACCGGUACGGUAAAGGUAAAGCAGCUGGUUAUUGCAUAGUUGCAAAUGAAAAACUGGAUAUUAUGAAGGAAUCGGUCAUGGCCUUCAAAGAGGCUAACAGUGACCACAUUCAGGAAGUCCAGACAAUUCUAGUUGAUAAAGAUUAUAAUGAAAUCACUGUUGUGAAAGAAAUCCUACCAUGGGUACACAUUCAUCUAUGUAGUGUUCACGUGUUGGGAACAUUCAAAAAGGCAACCAAAGAGGAAACCCAAAAAGAAGAGCUUAGGGAAAUUUUACAGAAGAUGGUCUACUCGAUGACUGAAGAAAGAUAUAAAGAGCUGUGUGAUAGUCUACCAAGUGUCGCGUCAGAGACAUUUUUAGAUUAUUUUAAUGAUAAUUGGGCUAACUAUGGUGCGUCUUGGGCUUGCUAUGAUCGGCUUAAUUCUCUGAACCUUGGCCAAAGAACUAAUAAUGCAGUGGAAUCACACAAUCAAAAAAUAAAAACCAUUGUCAGCAGAAGAAACUCGUUGCCAGAGCUAAUUAAGGCUCUCUUAAUUUUGCAAGUAAGCUGUGAUAAUGUGACAAAUUACAAUGAUUUCCUGGGCCUUAUGAAGAUGUCCUAUAGAACUGACACUACUGACCCAAACAUUAAACUGAUGCUGAACUCUGCCACACCCUUUGCUGCAGAAUGCAUGCGAGUAGAGUAUCAGGAAGGGCUGAGAAGAGUAAAGCUCCCUGACAAUGUGAAUUACAAGAAUUGGCAACCCACUCUCAAGGAUUGCCCUUGCCCAAUUUUCAAAGAGCGGCGUCUGCCGUGUAGACAUAUGUUCUGUUUCCGUGUCCAGAAAGAUGUUACCGUCUUUUCUUCGGUGGAUGUGCCUUCUAGAUGGCAAACUGUGUCAGAAGAUAACUUUAGGACAAGGCAGGAGGAUAUGCCUACAUCAUAUAUACCUGAUGGUAUUUUGAGAACUGAAGUUUUGAAGACAGGAGGGAAACCUCUUAAUCAGCGGGAGCGAUAUAAAGAGGCCAGUGACUUGGCCCUGGAAGCUGCAAAAGCUGUAGCAUAUUGUGCUGGCAAGCAAUAUGCCAGUCGAAUGAAAUGCCUUGAUGAUAUCAUUCAGAUUUGGCUUCGGGGAAAGGAAGCUGUGGUCUUGGAGGCUGGCAAGGGUAAUAAUGGCAUUGUUGUAAUUGAUGUGGUAGAACAAGACACCCAGGAAGUGGAUUCUUCUGCAAUUGAUGAUGUGAGAAACAAAGACACUCAGCCAGGCAAUGGAGUGGAUCAUUCUACUUCUGAUGUGAGAAAUGAAGACGCUCAGCAAGCUAAUGAAGAAAAUUGUUCUUCCACUGAUGAUAUGAGCAGAAAUGAUAACAUCACAACAAUUCCAGAAAAUGAUACCUGCAGGAGUGAUGCUAAUCCUACUUCUGAUGAUUUGAGAAAUAUUAGUACAACUGCACUGACACAAAAAGUUGUAGGGGCAUCUAACAAAUACACCCCUUUAACGGCCAAACAAAUGCGAAAGCUCAAGGUUCAAGAGGGCAACAAAGUGAGAGGUCGACCUAAGGGUCAAGUGUUGACUAGAAUUGGUCUUAAAAAAAAGGUGGUUAAAAAAGUGGAAUGUGAUGUUUGCAAGGAAAAGGGUGUGUGGCGAAAAUCCACCUUAAGGAUAAGUGGUGGUACAAAUGAUUUUUUUUUAUGUCCUGGUUGCCGAGAUGAAUUCAUGGAUGAAAUGUUGCCAUCCGCUGAAGAGGAGGAAAGAGAGGAUGACCCAGAUAACUUAAUCGAUGACAUGUUGCCAUCCGCUGAAGAGGAGGAAAGAGAGGAUGACCCAGAUAACUUAAUCGAUGACAUGUUGCCAUCCGCUGAAGAGGAGGAAAGAGAGGAUGACCCAGAUAACUUAAUCAAUGAAUCUUCACAUUCCGAAGAUGAAGGUAUUAUUGCUAGCCAAAGAAUCCCUAGUGCUUCUAAUUGUAACGAAGUUAUUGUACUCUCCUCAGAUGAUGAGUAUACUCCUAGCCCUCCUGAAAAUCGUCAAAUUAAAAUUGAAUUUGAUGCCACAAGAGAUAGUGCUCCCCAUCAGGAUACUCCUACACUGGAGGAUACCCUUGCAAUGCCAGGUAACCCUAGUAUGUUGGAUACCCCGGCUGUACAGGAGAUACAGGCUGCCCAGGAAUUUCCUUCAGGUGUCAGGCAGUUCUAUAUCCCUAAAUGCUCCUGUGGCACAAUUUGUGAGAGGAAAACUUGUCGGUCUGGUCCAAAUUUGGGGAGGGAGUAUUUUCUAUGCCCUGACGAAAGCUGCUCAAACAAAAAGUUCCGAUGGGUAAAUACUUUAAGUAAUGUGAGCCCGUCCAAAACACUGUCUCCUAUAGUGCCGCCAGAGCAAAGAAAAUUUGUAACUCAACGGAAACGAGGUAAUAUUUACUUUGUGUUUAUAAGGUGUGUAUUUUCCUCCACAUUUUCAUGAUUGUGAUGAUCUUUUAACUUUCGAGCCCUGCAAAAUCAAGAUAUGCUUUGCAUAAGCAUUUUGUUCUUUUAAGUUUAGUAUUAUUGUGCUUCAAAGUUUGAUUUUAGCUUGAUUGUCUCACUUUCAUGCAAAUGUGGUGCCCUGUUAUCAGCAUUAAAAACACUACACAUUUAUGUGUGUUGUUGUUAAUGUUUUAUGAGCAACACUAAUAUAGAAAUGUGGAGAUUUCAAAUUCUUCCCAAUAAUCUGAGGGUGGGGUGGGGAGUUGGGGAAAAACCGUUUUGUCUUUUCUGCUCAAGGUUUAUGAAGGAUCCAACAGUCCUUAUCAGGACUACACAGUCCUUAUCAGGACUACACAGUCCUUAUCAGGACUACACUGUCCUUUUCAGGACACCUUCAGAAUGAACUUGAAAAUAUUUGGUGCUCCUGCUCCAAAUGUAGCAACUCUUGCCGCUGACUCAAGAGGCUCAAACAAGCGCCCUGCCCGAAAUACUCAAAAACCAAAACGGAUCAGAAACUCCUACGAAUUUCUAACACCCUAAUUUUUAUUUUUUGUUAUCAGAACUUUUUCUAUUAUCAGGGAUUGGCCUUUUAAAAGAUUCUUUGACUUUUCUUUAAUCUUUAUAAGAAUUUUCACUCAACUUAUUUGAGUUCCAUUUGUUCAUCAUUAUUUUAGAGUGUUCUUUGCUUGUAAUUUUAUUGUCCUUUUGUUUUUCAAUUCAGUCCAUUCUUGUACUUUGCGUUUGGAUGCUUUUGUUCUGAAAGUUUACAUCAAGUACUCGACUUUUCUACUUAAUUAUCGGUAUGUAAAUUUGUUGAAAUGAACGUCUUGUAAAUUUUAAAAGAAGACUUUUUGUAAUUACAUUUUCUUGUUGCAUUA